AUGAGGGGCGGGGCGGUGAGCGCGGCAGCCAAUCAGAAUUAGGGCGGGGCCAGGGGCUCGCCCGGCCUCGGCCAAUGGGAGCGCGGGGGGCGGGGAACGCGGAGCCCCCGGGACCCCCGGACGGACCGGGACCACCGGGACUGUACCAGCCCUCGGGGACAGCGGAGCCCCCGGGACCCCCGGAUCCGCUGGGACCCAGCAGGGCCCCCAACCCACCCAGGAACCAAUUGGGACCCCCGGGCUGAGCCGGGACCCCCGACCCUCGGUGGCCCCAUGCCGCUCCGGGGCCUGCAGAGCCCGCGCCUCUCCUUCCACGGGGGCCUCUUGGUGGGCUUCAUCACCACCUUCCUCCUCCUCCACGGCCUCCUGCUGCCCCAGCCGGUGCCUGCCCCCAGCCGGGACCCCCGGGUGGCCGAUGCCCCCCCCGGGACCCCCCCGUCCCCCGUGCUCUACGGCGCGGCCCCGUCGGACGCUGCAGGCGAGGACGCGGGGGUGGCGCGGGGGCUGUUCCAGCGGGUGCGGGUGCUGUGCUGGGUGAUGACAGCGCCCCAAAACCUGGAGAGCAAAGCCCGCCACGUGCGGGACACCUGGGCGCGACACUGCAACGUGGCCCUGUUCGUCAGCUCCGAGCCCGCCCCGCACUUCCCGGCCCUGGGGCUGGGGGUGCCCGAGGGCCGGGGGCAGCUCUACCGCAAAACCGCGCGGGCGCUGCUCUACGUGCAGCGGCACCUCCGCGCCCGCGCACACUGGUUCCUCAAGGCCGACGACGACACCUUCGUGCUGCUGGACAACCUGCGCUGGCUGCUGGCCGCGCACUCGCCCCAGCGGCCCCUCUACUUCGGGAAGCGUUUCCGACCCUUCGCCCGCCAGGGCUACAUGAGCGGCGGGGCCGGUUACGUGCUCAGCCGGGCGGCGCUGGCCCGAGCGGCCGCAGCCCUGGCCCGCGGCACCUGCGGCCACGGCGGCCCCGAGGAGGACGUGGCGCUGGGACGGUGCCUGGAGAGGCUGGGGGUGGCUGUGGGGGACUCGAGGGACACGUGGGGACGGGAGACCUUCCACCCCUUCCCGCCCGAGAUCCACCUCACGCACCGCUUCGCCCCGGGCUUCUGGUACCGGAGUUACAGCUGGUACCCCGUCGUGGAGGGCCCGCAGUGCUGCUCAGACCUGGCCGUGUCCUUCCACUACGUGUCCGGGGAGGAGAUGUACGCGCUGGAGUACCUGAGCCAGCGGCUGCGCCCCUACGGCUACCGACCCCGCUACCGGCCCCCCCUGAGCCCCCCCGCGACCCCCAACGCGCCCUGGACCCCCGCGGUCCCCAACGGCACCGGGACCCCCGCGGUCCCCACAGCCCCCUGGACCCCCGCGGUCCCCAACGCCACCCGGAGCCACCCCGGUCCCCAAGCACCCAAAGCCCCCGAGCCCUGCCCGUCCCCUUCCCGGACUCCCCUGCGGUGA